AUGGAUUUCGACAACGAGUCGCUGCUGAAAUGCUUCUGCUCCGAAGAAGAAGAGCAGGCUGUAAUAGCCUGGAACAAGGAUAACGAGCAUGCUCGAUCCGAUGUCUUCGAAUUCAGGCUCGAAGAGGCGGACAAGCUUCGAGAAGAGGGCAACCAGCUUUUCAAGACUGGAGAUUUUGCCACCGCGCGGCAGCGGUAUUACGGAGCCGUGUGGCACCUGGACUUCGACAUUGGGCAGCAGUGGAACUUGAUGGAUCAUCAUCAGCUUGACCUGAACACAAGGAAGCUGAAAGUCAUCAGCAACAUCUGCGGAGCGUAUCUCAAAGAGAAGGAUUGGGUGAAUACCAAGAAGGCCGCUGACAUUGGUCUGCGGCACAUGGAGAAGGCUGCACUCACGGACAAUGAUUCCAAAGGGAAGUUCCUGUACCGAAAAGGCUUCGCAAACCUUCAGCGCGGAUUCGCCGAGGAUGCCGUUGAAGCCUUGAAGCAGGCAGACGGUUUGAUCCCCGGAGACCGGCAGCUUCGCUCGGCGCUGAAAGAAGCGUCGGAGCUCCAGAAGACAGAUAGACAAAAGGCGAAGGAUGUGUGGAAAAGCAAGCUCUUGUCACAGGAAGAGAAGGCCUGUCAGGGGUCAUGGACUGAACCGGCGCUCGCUGCAACAUCUGGUUUUCCCGCAGAGCUCGCUGGCUGCUUGAACAUGUUUGCCCCGGAGAGCAGCGAUGUGGCUCUUCCGAUGAUGUUGGUGAUGUGGUUCUGUUUUGGCAUCUGGCCGUCCCUCCGGAAAAAGGGAGGUUCCGAUACGGUGAACUUUGGCUUGACGUAUGUCUUUGCCCAAGUCCUGAUAACUCUUUGCAUUUGCUUUACGUUUGGCAUGGCAAAUCCGGUGGAUGCCAAACACUUUGACACCGAGCAGUUUACACAAACGUUACGGAAGGACAUCUCGGAGAAGUCCUUUGCCGUUCUCACUGCUAUGAUUGCUGGCGUUUCGCUUUGCAGUGGAGAUUUCAUUAUGGCCAAGGCCAUAGAUGUGCUAGGCCUGGCCGUGGCGUGUCCCAUCGGCUUUGGAUUGGCACUGACUUAUGGAACAGCUCUGACUUAUGCGAUCGAGCCCAAGGCCGAUCCCCACCUACUCUUCCCCGGGCUGGGCGCUUGCCUGCUCGGAAUGCUGUGUAAUGCCGCUUCGCAGGCUGAGCCAAGGAAAUCUGCAGGAGCGUCCGAGGACGACGUCCACAAAUCCAAAGCCGAGUCCUCGGACAAGACAUCGCCAGUGGCCGUGGAAGAGGUGAAGAUUGUGGCAUCUCAACCAUCGCAGGGCCACGGCGGCCACGGCUGGUAUGUGUUCCUCCUGCCCAUUGCAGGUGGUUUGGGUUGCGGCAGCAUGUCGCCAAUCACUACUGCCGCUGCAACAGAAGGGCAGCUGCAUCCCUUCAGCCAGCUGUUUUCCUUCAUGAUGGGACAGCUGGUUGCGAUUUUCCCGCUGGUGUCUGCCUUCUAUUGGAUAGCCCUUGGAAGUGAAGGGCGGAGAGGUCGAUCACCUUGGCAGAUGCCAUGCGCAAUCUGGAAAGGUUACUUCAAGCAGUAUCGAAAGGCGCUGAUGUGGGAUGCCCUUGCCGGCAUCUGUGUGGGCUUAGGAUACUUCAUGUUCAUGACAGGUACGCCUGUGGUUUCCAAGGCCGUUGGCUGGAUCUUUGGGAGCUCCAGCUUGCUGCUGUCGGUCGUCAUGGGAGUUCUGGUCUUCAAGGAGCUCAAGGGGAAAAGCAGCAGGCAGCAGAUGCUGUGUGCCUUCUGCGUAAUCUUUCUGGUCACCGCGCUGGCCCUGAUGUGUGCCGCUUCCAUUUAG